AAGGAGCGAGUUGUACCCGGACGCGGCGCGAUCUGGCCCAGCCAUGGACCGGAAGGUGGCCCGAGAAUUCCGGCACAAGGUGGAUUUUCUGAUUGAAAAUGACGCCGAGAAGGACUAUCUCUAUGAUGUGCUGCGGAUGUACCACCAGACCAUGGACGUGGUUGUGCUUGUGGGAGACCUCAAGCUGGUCAUCAACGAGCCCAGCCGCCUGCCACUGUUUGACGCCAUCAGGCCUCUGAUCCCGCUGAAGCACCAGGUGGAGUAUGACCAGCUGACACCUCGGCGAUCCAGGAAGCUGAAGGAGGUGCGUCUGGACCGUUUGCACCCCGAAGGCCUCGGCCUCAGCGUGCGUGGAGGGCUCGAGUUCGGCUGCGGGCUCUUCAUCUCCCACCUCAUCAAAGGCGGGCAGGCAGACAGCGUUGGACUGCAGGUAGGGGACGAGAUCGUCCGGAUCAAUGGGUAUUCCAUCUCCUCGUGCACCCAUGAGGAGGUCAUCAACCUCAUCCGCACCAAGAAGACCGUGUCCAUCAAAGUGAGACACAUCGGCCUGAUCCCUGUGAAGAACUCUCCUGAUGAGCCCCUCAAAUGGCAGUAUGUGGAUCAGUUUGUGUCAGGAUCUGAGGGUGGGCGGAACAUCAUGGGCUUCCCAGGGAGUCGGGAAAACAAGGAGAAGAAGGUCUUCAUCAGCCUGGUGGGCUCCCGGGGCCUUGGCUGCAGCAUUUCCAGCGGCCCCACCCAGAAACCUGGCAUCUUUAUCAGUAACGUGAAGCCUGGCUCCCUGUCUGCUGAGGUGGGGUUGGAGGCAGGGGACCAGAUUGUCGAAGUCAAUGGCAUUGACUUCUCCAACCUUGACCAUAAGGAGGCUGUGAACGUGCUGAAGAGUAGCCGCAGCCUGACCAUCUCCAUCGUAGCCGGAGCUGGCCGGGAGCUGUUCAUGACGGAGCGGGAGCGGCUGGAAGAGGUGAGGCAGCGCGAGCUGCAGCGGCAGGAGCUUCUCAUGCAGAAGCGGCUGGCCAUGGAGUCCAACAAGAUCCUCCAGGAGCAGCAGGAGAUGGAGCGGCAAAGGAAAAAGGAAAUUGCCCAGAAGGCAGCAGAGGAAAAUGAGAGAUACCGGAAGGAAAUGGAACAGAUUGUCGAGGAGGAAGAGAAAUUUCAGAAGCAGUGGGAAGAAGACUGGGGCUCAAGGGAACAGCUGCUCUCGCCCAAGACCAUUGCUUCCGAGGUGCACCCAGUGUCCCUUCGCAAGCCAAAGUAUAAUCAGGGAGUGGAGCCCAAGCUUGCGGCUGCUGACGACCCGGACAGAGGCAUGGAGAAGCAGGGAGAGCAGAAAGGAAAGGAUAAGAAAGCCAAGUAUGACAGCCUGCAGGAGCUGAGAAAGAAUAAGAAGGAAUUGGAGUUUGAGCAAAAGCUUUACAAAGAGAAAGAGGAAAUGCUGGAGAAGGAAAAGCAACUGAAGAUCAACCGGCUGGCCCAGGAGGUGUCCGAGACAGAGCGGGAAGACCUUGAGGAAUCGGAAAAGAUUCAGUAUUGGGUGGAAAGGCUCUGUCAGACGCGCCUUGAGCAGAUCUCCUCUGCUGAUAAUGAGAUUACAGAGAUGACCACAGGGCCCCCGCCUUCUAUGUCUCCCCUCGCCCCGCCCCUGAGACGCUUCGCUGGUGGACUGCACCUCCACACCACUGACCUGGAUGACAUCCCUUUGGACAUGUUCUACUAUCCCCCCAGGAUUCCCUCUGCCUUGCCUGUAAUGCCCCACCCUCCACCCUCCAACCCACCCCUCAAGGUCCCCGCAACCCCUGUCCUUCCGUCAUCAGGCCGUGUGAGCGCCUCAUCCUCACCCUGGGUGCAACACAACCCACCUCCCAUUCCCAUCCCUCCCCCACCAUCAAUUCCCACCCAAGACCUCACUCCUACCCGCCCGCUGCCCUCUGCCCUGGAAGAGGCACUGGGCAACCAGCCCUUCCGGCCUGGGGACACAGGCAAUCCUACAGAGGACUGGGAGGCAAAGAACCACAGCGGGAAGCCCGCCAGUUCCCCUGUCCCCGAGCGGAGCUUCCCACCCACCCCAAAGACAUUUUGCCCAAGCCCACAGCCUCCACGAGGCCCUGGCGUGUCCACCAUCUCUAAGCCUGUCAUGGUCCACCAGGAGUCCAACUUCAUCUACAGGCCAGCUGUGAAAUCCGAGGUCCUGCCACAGGAGAUGUUGAAGAGGAUGGUGGUUUAUCAAACAGCAUUCAGACAAGAUUUCCGGAAAUAUGAGGAAGGCUUUGACCCCUACUCCAUGUUCACCCCAGAGCAGAUCUUAGGGAAGGAUAUCCGGCUCCUGCGCAUUAAGAAGGAGGGAGCCUUAGACCUGGCUUUAGAAGGUGGUGUGGACUCCCCGAUCGGCAAGGUGGUCGUCUCGGCUGUUUAUGAGGGGGGAGCCGCUGAGAGGCAUGGCGGUAUUGUGAAAGGAGAUGAGGUCAUGGCAAUCAAUGGCAAAAUCGUGACGGACUACACCCUGGCUGAGGCUGAGGCUGCCCUGCAGAAGGCCUGGAAUCAAGGGGACUGGAUCGACCUUGUUAUUGCUGCCUGCCCCCCAAAAGAAUACGAUGACGAGUUGACCUUCUUUUGAAGUCCAGAAGGAGAAACCAAAUUCACCCCUAGAAGCCAGUGAGCCCUGGACCCAGCCUUCUGAACACAAAGCCUGGAACCAGCCUUGAGAGACACCAGCCUGCAGAAACCCUGGAAACACACAGCCAGCACCCAGAGGUUUCAGACUCCCGUUGGCCCUGUAGAAGUGCUGCGUAAGGAGCACUUCUGGCCAUUCCUUCGAAGGCCAAUAUGGAGGGAGAGAGCAGCCAACUGUUCUGAAAAGGGCCCCUGGGACCAAACUCUCAUGUCUUCUCUCCGGCCCUGUGAAUUUGGUCUCUCCCAGCCCUGGGAGACUCCUCCCUUGAAAUCCAAUAGGACCUGACUCUUAGGUCUCUCUCCACCCCUCUGCUCUCACUCCUGCUGUCAUUGCUGCUAAGAUUGCUGCUACAAACCUUACUCUGAACUCAUCAAUAAAAUAAACAGAUUUCUUUUCCAGCUCA